AUGAGGGUAAUGCUGCCGAUAACCAAGUGGCUGUGGAAAGAUGAGUUUUGGUUUCCUCCAGGACUCACCUGGGAGGACAUGAAAGAGACUGAAGAAAUUCGCUACCCUCAGCCCCGUCACCUCCUCCUCAGCAUCCCUUUUACAGCCCUCAUCCUCAUCCUAGAGUUUGUCUUCAAAAGGGCCAUUGCUCUUCCCCUGAGCAGAAAAAUGGGGCUGAAGGAGAAGGUGCGAAAGAAAGUUUCUCCAAAUGUUGUGCUUGAAGCUUAUUACAAGACACACCACCGAAAGAAACCUGCAGAGAGGGAACUGAAUGGACUGGCCAAGCAAUGCAACAUGCAACCCCGGCAGGUGGAGAGAUGGUUUCGAUCCCGUCUCAAGCAAGACCAACCCACCUUGACAGAGAAAUUCUGUGAAUCUAGUUGGAUAGCCACCUGUAAUAUGAUUUCCUUCGUUGUGGGCCUGGCCGUCCUCUGUGAUAAAUCCUGGUUCUGGGAUGUCCACGAGUGCUGGAAUGGGUACCCGCACCAGCCACUCCUGUCCUCUGUCUUUACCUACUACAUGCUGCAGCUUUCCAUCUACUGCGCUUCAUCCAUCACCCUUGGUUUCUAUGUAAAGAAGGACUUUAAAGAACAACUUGUCCACCAUGCUGCGUCAGUCAUCCUCAUCAGCUACUCAUAUUGUGCCAACUACCUCCGUAUUGGAACCGUGAUUAUGUUCAUCCUUGAAAGUUCCACAUUUUUCUUGGAUCUCACCAAGGCCUUCAACUAUGCAAAAUGGCAUAGGACUAGUGAAUUUCUCUUUAUCUUAUUCUCUGUCAUUUUCAUCUUCGUCCGCCUGGUGAUUUUCCCCUACAAAGUGCUCUACAACACAUUCUAUUAUCCCAUAGAAUUCUACCCACCCUUCUUUGGCUACUACUUCAUGAACGCCCUUCUGAUGGUCAUCCAACUGCUCAGCAUCAUCUGGUCCUGCCUCAUCAUCCCCAUGGUGUACAAGUUCCUUAAAUAUGACACGAUGAAAAACGAUGUGAGGAGUGACUCAGAAGACAGCGAGAAGGACAAAGAAGAGACAGAGCAGAAGGAAGCCAAGUACUGA